GUCAAAUCACAAAAUCCCAUGUUGUGAAUGUCCGAGAUCUAACCAGGAUUCUCAACCACAAAGAGUUUAGCGCAUGAUUCACCCGGCAAAGCAUGAGAAAGCAGUGCCACUCGAGCCACCACAGCCUCAUUGACAUUUCUGUGAUAUUCCGUCAACAAUCUGACUUCCUCCCUUCUUCAUACCACAACAAACAACUUUCCCGACCCGCGCAAACCACCCACUCUUUCCUCAAACAUUAAUAACUACCUUCUGAUCAUCUUCGCUGCACACAUCUCUCACAAUGGAUGACUGGGACACUGUCACGAAGAUCGGAAGCCGAGCCCGCGGUGCUGCAGGCGCACAACGAGAGACCGUCGUAAAGGGCAAGUCUGCACUCAACGCAGCUCAAAGAAGCGGUGCAGUCAUCGGUACAGAGAAGAAGUUUGGCGCUGGAAACUCUGCUUCCAAACCCGGCGUCGAAGGCCAACAUCUCACCAAAGUCGACCGAAGCGAUGAUAUUGUCAAGCCCACAGCUGUAGGAAAGGAAGUUGGCAACGCUAUUUCCGAACAGAGACAAAAGAUGGUCCCGAAGAUGACGCAAAAGGAUCUGGCGACCAAGUGCAAUACCACACAGAGCAUCGUGGCGGACUUCGAGCGGGGUUCUGCUGCUCCAGACCAGAAGCUGUUAGCAAGCAUGGAGAAGAUUCUGGGUAUUAAGCUACGGGGUAGUGAUAUUGGGGCUCCACGAUUCGGACCGAAGAAGAAGUGAGCAGUCUUGGAUACUGGGAGAAUGAUAAGACGAACAAUAUGCAUAUUCUGAUGAUGGGCACGAUGGAGUGGUUUAAUUGUCUACUUUCGGGAAAGGGGAUGGUCUGACGUUGAAGCAUUCUUGCGCUUUGCCACCAUAGAAGUCAGGAAAACCAGGAAUAGAGAAGUA